AUGAAUCCCAAGUUUUUGCGCAAAUCAUUUUUUCUUCUUGUAGUGAUUCUGUGUGUGCUGCUAACAACUGUGUUUAGAUUUGGUAGAAGGAAAGGAGGGAGCUUCGAAGGAAAUCCGUGCCAGGGGCUUCUGGAAGAUGGAACUCUGCAAGGGAAGAUUUGGCAACCUUCUGGCUGUUCCCUCCACAAGUAUUCUACUCCGCAGAUUAAGACUUGUUUAUUGGCACGGAAAUCGAGGGGCAUUUCGAAUCAUUUUGUGUUCAUUGGAGACUCGAGGAUCAUUUCAUUUGCUGGACUUUUCAUGACUGAGCUGGGUUACCGAGAAAAGGAGGAAUUCUUUCAGCUAGGGCUGGGUACUUUUUUGCAUGCCAAGCAUGAUCAACUUUCCGAUGUCGUGGUCAGUGUUUCUAGGGACGUCUUUUUGACAAAGACGAAAACGUUUUUUCAAAAUUUGACCAACGUGGGACCACCAAGUAUUGUGUUGUGUGGUGCUGCUUUGUGGUAUUUGGCAAAUGAUUCUUACAUGCAUGCUGAGGUGCCCUUCUUCAGGUACACUUUGCCGGAGCGUGUUGACAUCUUCAAAAGGAAUCUUCAAGUGCUUUGGGUGAGACAGGAUCCAGUGGAUGACACAGACAAGCCAAAUUAUCAAAUAACCAAUCCCAAGAUGGACUUGUUGAACUCUGUUGCUGACGACUUGAUUUUGAAUUCAUUUUCUGAAAUUACAAAUCUGAGGGCUGCGAGAAAUCUUUCAAACCACUUCGCAUUUGUUGGUGACAGCAGGACCAGGAAUCUUGGAGGAGCUUUCAUGAAAGUGGCAGAUUUCCCCAUCACCAAGGAAAUUGGGAAGCUGAGAGAUGGAACUUACAUAAUUUACCCACAUAGCUCUGUUCCUGGAACUAUUUUGAGUUACACUGGGGAUGUUAUGCUGGAGACUGAGUCAGGAAAGGCCAGUGGUUUGCCAGGGCCCACACCUGCAGUGAUUGUGGCUGGUGUGGCAUUCUGGUUCAUAGCUGAAUCCAGUGAAGUUCAUCAAGAUGUGGCAAUUUUCAACAAGUCUCUUGAGGAAAGGAUAAUAUGGAUCAUCCAAGAGCCUGUGGAACCAAGUUAUCAGGUUCUUCACAAAAUAACCAAUUACAAAGUUGACGUGUUGAAUGCAGCGAUGAGCCAAGUGUUGGCAUAUUAUCCGAAAAUCAUUCAAUGGUCCAGCUUGAGGGAAUUCAAUUUGCAGCAGAGAUCAGCUGGAAAGAAAGUGUCCCUUGACUUUGAAGGGGACCCAAUCCACGUCAAUCUCUGUACCACCAAACGUCUCAAAAAAGCUGGUAUUUUAGGACCUUUACUUUUCCUGCUGUGGUUGUCAUUGAAAUCCCAUCAAAGACAAUCCAUCAGUGAUGGGAAGCACAAGGAAGAAGCUUUGAAGAAAUUGUCAACUUUUGAAGAAUCGUGUGAAGCCAUUUUGUCAUCGUCAGGGAAAAGCAGGAAUCUCUCCAACUAUUUCGUUUUCAUCGGAGAUUCAAGAAUCAAUUACCUAAGUGACAUGUUCGUCAAGAUGACUGGCUUCAACACGAACAAUGCGGUGGUUGUCAAAGACUCGAGUACACUGACUUACUCGGCGCUUUAUUCACACUCGACUGUCUCCGGGCCGGUCGUUGGCUAUACUUUCAGGUACAUUUCUGAUCCGUUCCUGGUCAAGAAUUCGUCCCAACCGAGGAAUCUCAUGCCUCCGGAACCCGCCAGCUUGGUCAUCAGUUGUGCCCUGUGGUACUCUCCUGAUGAAACCUUUUUCAGGGCAGAUCUUCACCUCCGAAACUUGAGCAUCCCGGAAAGGGUUCGUGUGUAUGAACGUCGGUUGGAAGCCUGGGCUGGGAACGUUUCGGAAUAUCUGAAGGAAUUCCCUGAAACCAAGGUUUUGUGGGGCUUUCAAGAACCCGUGGACAAUUCAGUACCGGCUUAUCACGGAAUAACUAACGAAAGGCUGGAUGCAUUCAAUGCGGCUGCGGCUCGAGUAUUAUCCAAACACGAGGGCAUCAAGUUGUGGCGGUCUUUGCGGCAGUUCAAUAUUCUCUACAGGGCUGCCGGGAAUGACAUGAUUAUCGAAGGAACCCGCGACGACCCCGUGCAUGUCAGGGACGAGGUCAAGGAGGCCCAGGUGCAAAUAUUGCUCAACUACUUGUGCAAUGAUUUCCUGACUCGAUCCGAUCACGACGAGUCCAAUAACGUAUUGUGUUGCUCUCACGCUUCAGUAUUUAGCGUAUAG